CAACACGCAUUGCAUUGCAGAGAGCGUGCAUGCGUGCCGUGCUGUGCUGUGCUCUGCGCGCGUAUGUGGGUGUUUUUCCUUCGCCCUGCCCGGUUUGGGAUUUGCUGCUCAGUGACAUGCCUCCCUCCGCCUGGCUCCUUAUAGCCCCGGGGCUGCAGGAAUCCCGGACGAGUGGUACGGACAUCGCCGACGGAGACCGCGAACACGGCGCGGAGCGUUCCCCUUUAAACAGGUCUUAUGACCACAGCCGGCCUCACAGAGACACGACCCGAGGACCAGACCACAGACCGACAGCUCAGGACCGAGUCAGGGACACCAGCCGGGGACACACAGGACGCAGCGGCCCCGCACAGGCUGGAUGGUCUGGUGGCAGUCUGACAGAACAACUGGAGUCUCACGGAUACUACCUCACCUGUCCGCAGGAUUUAGUUUUUCGGCCUCCUGUUGCACCCUGUAGACGCUCUCCUCCUGCAGCACAGAGGCCAUGUGUCGCCUGCCGGUGACUUCACUCUUCAUUUGCUUCUGGUUGGUUGAGAGGAGCCACUGUGACGGCAGCCUACAGGACAGCAUGGGAGAGCUGCACAGCAGGUUCGCCGUCAGCCUCUACCAGACGCUCACCGAGACAGAGAACAACUCCAACCUGAUCGUGUCGCCAGUGAGCGUGUCCUUGUCUCUGGGGCUGCUGCAGCUCGGCGCCAGGGGCAACACGCUGGCUCAGCUGGAAGGGACGCUGGGAUACAACGUGAACGACGUCCAGGUGCAAGACUUCCUGUUGCAUUCACUGGGUGACGCGAGCAACGGCAGCCAGGGGAUGUGGCUGCAGCAGACCUGCACGCUGUUCAUCCAGAGCGGCGUCCAGCUCCUGACCGAGUUCACUCAACACGCAGCCGCCUGGGCCAACACCAGCGUGGUCCGAGCCAACUUCAGUCACCCCAACCACACCCGCAGCCAGCCGGAGCGAGCAUGGAACAACCACGAUGAGAUGUGGCACCUCCAGGCAGGAAGCAGCAGCGGGGAGCUGUCGGGCUCAGGCGAGGCCCAGGCAGAGGCCCUGUGGUGGGGUCACCGGCUGCAGAUGGCGCUGGUGAACACGGUGGCCUUCAGGGGAGUCUGGCAGAAACAGUUCCUGUUCACCAACACCCAGAACCUGCCCUUCACCCUGUCUGACGGGACCGCCAUCAAGGUGCCCAUGAUGUACCAGGCUACAGAGGUCAGCUUUGGUCAGUUCAGGACAGCAGCCGAUCAGCGUUACACCGUGUUGGAGCUGCCGUAUCUGGGUCGCUCCCUGAGCCUGCAGGUGGUCCUGCCCAGCGAGAGGAAGACGCCGCUGUCCUCCCUCGAGUCCCAGCUCACUGCUCGUCAGCUGGCCUCCUGGGACACCGGCCUGCGCAGAACCAAGAUGGACAUUUUCUUACCCAGGUUCAGAAUGCACAACAAGUUCAACCUGAGGUCGGUGCUUCCUGCCAUGGGCAUCAGUGACGCCUUUAACCCCACAGCGUCUGAUUUCACAGGAAUAUCAGUGGAAGAGAGCCUUUACGUGUCUGACGCCGUCCAUGAAGUGAGAAUAGAGGUGACAGAAGACGGGACGAAGGCAGCUGCUGCUACAGCGAUGGUGCUACUCAAACGAUCCCGUGCUCCUGUUUUCAAGGCGGACCGGCCGUUUCUGUUUCUUCUACGACAGAUUAACACAGGAUCCAUCUUGUUCAUGGGCCGGGUGAUGAACCCAGCAGACCAGGCACCCUAAGACCCAAACACCUCUCACAUAUACACUCCUAUCCCAACCCCUAUGUCACUACUGGUAUUUAUUAGUGGACCAGCAGGAGGGUCCACGACACUUCAGGAAGAGGGACAAUAUUUUUGUACAUGUCUGUAAAUAAAAUUUUAAUACAUGUUUUUACACUCCGGCUGUCCGGCUGUUUCUUCCGUGAACUGGCUGAUGUCACAAAAACGUGGACAAAAACGCGUCCAGUCACAUGUUUACAGAACACUUUAUUUACAUGGCCCUUCACAGUGUAAAAUAGAAACUUUAUUCAUGGAAAUACUUACAAAAAGGCCGUUUUCCACUGAACAUUCUCUUUAAAUAGUACUCUAGGGUUAUUUACAUCUUUACAGUGUAUUCAAAAUACUCUUUUGGUAGCGGCCUCUUCACAAACAAAGACAAGUAUGGCAGAUUUUGGUCCCUGUCCAAGGAGGGAGGGAGCAGAAGAGGGCUGCCCUCAGAAUCACAAAUCAACUCUUGACCUCUCCACCUCACUUCGGAUUAUUUGCGUAGAUUUGAGAAAAUUCAAAUGAACUGACAAAAAAAAAAAAAA